UUCCCUACUGCCAGGACCCACCCUUGGAGCAUCACUCCUGGGAGUUCUAUUGCGCUUCCGGGAACAUGCAGUCGCCUUAAGCGCAGACAUUAAAGGGAUGUUCCAUCAAGUCCGUCUCCUUCCUGAAGACCGUCCUCUCUUGCGGUUCGUGUGGCGCGACUUGACCAGAGAUGAAACCCCAGCAGUGUUCGAGUGGCAAGUUCUACCAUUUGGCACAACCUGUAGUCCAUGCUGCGCCACGUUUGCUCUACAGCUCCAUGUAGCCAACCAUAGCCAGCCGGGAGAUGAUGUGAGCCUCUCUAUAGAGAGGUCCUUCUAUGUUGACAAUCUCCUACAGAGUCUGCCCAAACCUGAGGAUGCCAGAGAGUUGGUGGACAGACUUCGGGGACUCCUUGCAGCUGGUGGGUUUGACCUACGCCAGUGGGCUAUCAACGUGCCAAACGUCGUGGGACACCUACCCAAAGAAGCCAGGUCCGACACCCUCGAGCUCUGGCUCGCACAAGAUCGAACAGACUCUCCUGAAUCCACUCUGGGACUCAGCUGGCACUGUCAAACCGACACCAUGGGCUACAAGCAUAGACCCAUAGAGUACGGAGUCCCAACAAUGCGGAACAUCUACAGGGUUUUGGCCAGUCAGUAUGACCCCUUAGGGUUUAUCUUACCAUACAUCACUCGAGCCAAGAUGCUGGUCAGACGCCUCUGGGAGAAAAACAGAGACUGGGAUGAUCCUCUCCUGCCCCAAGACCUCUUACAAGCGUGGAAGGACUGGGAGAAAGAACUACAAUUCCUAUCUCAAGUCACCUUGCCACAAGCUUAUAUAACAGUCGAAGCGGAUGAGUCAAGCGUCACCCGCCAAGUCCAUGUGUUCUGUGAUGCAUCGGAACAGGCUUAUGGCUCGGUGGCGUAUCUGAGAACGAUGGACUGCCGAGGCCAAGUCCAUCUGUCCUUCCUACUCGCCAGGUCCAGAGUUGCUCCCAAGCGACUACUCUCCAUACCCAGACUGGAGCUGUGUGGAGCGGUCACAGGAGCUCAACUGGCUAAACUCCUAGAGAAAGAGCUCACGCUGAAGAUCGAUCAGACUAUCCUGUGGACAGACUCUACAACAGUGCUGGCAUGGCUGCAGUCAGAGUCCUGUCGCUUCAAGAUUUUUGUUGGUACCAGAGUGGCCGAAAUACAGGACCUCACGAGUCCCGCCACCUGGCGAUACAUAUAUUCAGCGAGGAACCCAGCUGACGACAUCACCAGGGGCAAGACUCUACAGGACCUGACCAUGCCGAACAGGUGGAGCCAGGGCCCCCCAUUCCUCCUUCAGCCUCCAGCUGAGUGGCCUGUCAAGCCCAACGUCGAACAGGAAGGCGAUGCCUCCGAGCUACGACAGUCUACUUUCUGCGGCAUCACCUUAACAACACCUAGUACGCCAGACGCAGAGGUGAAACAGUAUGAUACCUGGAAGGAGCUGCUAGUAGCUACAGUGCAGGAGUUACAUGGGGCGGCAGGUAGUUACACUGCCGAAGACUAUCGCAAUGCUGAGACCCUCAUAUUAAAACAGGCGCAGUGCGAGAGCUUCCCAGAGGAGUUGCGGCUCUUGAAAGCAGGAAAGCCCGUACCAUCCGUCAGCAGACUGCUCACCCUGUCACCGGAGAUGAAUGAAGAGGAAGGACUAAUCCGUGUCGGUGGCAGACUACGACGUGCCGUAGACAUCGAGCAGACAACGCUGCACCCUAUUGUGUUAGACCCUGGGCACCCCUCUACCAAACUCCUCAUCCAAGAUUUCGACAGUCGCUUGCACCAUCCCGGGCCAGAGAGGGUGUUUGCUGAGAUGCGGCGCUCAUUCUGGAUCCUGCGCGGCCGUGAAGCGAUUCGCCGUUACCAACACACCUGCACAGACUGUCGACGUUGGAAAGCCAGACCUUCUGUUCCAAAGAUGGCAGAUCUACCGCCCGCCCGCCUGCGGUUCUUCAAGCCCGCCUUCUUCUCGACGGGGAUGGACUGUUUCGGGCCGUUUCAAGUCAAAGUAGGAAGGCGUACUGAGAAGAGGUGGGGUAUAAUUUUCAAGUGUCUCACCACCAGGGGUGUGCACUUAGACCUUCUGACCACCAUCGAUGCAGACUCCUUCUUGAUGGCUCUCAGGCGAUUUAUCGCUCGUCGAGGAACACCAGCCGAGCUGCUCUGCGACUGUGGGACCAACUUCAAAGGAGGAGAAAGAGAACUGAGGGAGGCAUUCUCUGCCCUGUCACCAGACCUGCAGCAGCAACUCGCCAAGCAGAAAAUUGACUUCCACUUCAACCCCCCUGCAGCACCUCAUUUUGGAGGAGCAUGGGAAAGGGAAAUCCGCUCCGUAAAGACCGCCUUGUACACCACAGUGGGAACUCAGUCAGUCUCAGAAGAAGUGCUGCGGACCGUGCUACUGGAGGUAGAGGGGAUUCUUAACUCAAAGCCAUUGAGGUACGUCUCCUCCAGCAUCACAGAUCUCGAUCCUGUGACCCCCAAUAGUUUGUUGAUGGGGCGGCCAGACGGGUCCUUGCCCCAGAUCGUAUACCCAGAGACUGAGUUACUGAGCCGCCGUCGAUGGAGGCAUUCACAGGUGCUGGCAGAUCGCUUCUGGUCCAGUUUCUUGAGAAAUUAUCUGCCAAGCCUCCAGACUCGUCAGAAAUGGCACUCUACGCCAGCUGACCUCGCAGAAGGCUCAGUAGUGAUGUUGGUGGAUCCCCAGCUUCCACGGGCCUUGUGGCCCAUCGGUCAUGUCACUAAGGUCCACCCUAGUAAUGACGGCCACAUCCGUUCAGCGGACGUAAGGAUCAGAGACCGUGAAUACACCAUACCAGUUGCCAGGCUGGUUGUCCUGCCAGCCCUUCCACCCGACGAGGAAGAGAACAGCUCUACUGCCACCAUCGCCCCUUCGUUAGACACUAAUAACCUUGUCACCUUUCUAUGGAGCGAAUGUACACCGUACAUUCGGGGGCGGCUGUUAGAAAGGUUCCCAAACUCUGUGCUACCUUAAGAGACUAUUAUGAGCCGUCCACCUUAAGAGACUAUUAUGAGCCGUCCACCUUAAGAGACUAUUAUGAGCCGUCCACCUUAAGAGCGCAAGGCAUUGUGGGCGCGCCCAUUCAUUCUACCCACAGCAGAGCACAGAGCGGUGAAUGCACGUCAUUUACAUUUGCUGCUUGUAUAUAUACAGUAUAUAUAAAACGUGUAAUAUUGUACAGCACUGCGGUGCGUCACUGACGAAUAACCACCAAUACUUGCCAGUGUUGUACCAUUCAGCCAAUCCAAUGUAACCUGCCAUACCUGUCAACCUGCCUACUAAACAAGUAAACUGCCCUAUGCCAAACGAACUGUCCUGUCCAUUGUGUCCUGACCGACACCCCAGGGGCGAAUGAGACUACCUUUAUAGAACCAUACAGUCCUUUAUAACUCUCCACAACACAUGUGUUCUUGUCUUUCAUAAUGAUUGUGAACAAUAAGCAAAAAAAAAGUGGAGUUCCCCUUUAAGUAUUUUUGUCCACAGCAGAAUUCGAACCAGA